AUGACCGACUCUACCUCGCAGGCCUCGUCCCUCCCGCCGCCGCCCGCCUCGGCUGGCGCCCCAGGCUACGACAAUGGCCAGAACAAUGGGCAAACGGGCCAGCACAUGCCUCCCCCCCCGCUGGCCAUCCCGCAGAACACUAAUCCGAUCCCUACUGCGAUUAGUUCUCCUCUGUCCGGCGGUGUCAUGUCGCCAACCAGCGGCGGUCCCGGCUACGUGCGUCGUGCGGCUCCCGAACCCAACAAGCGCGCUUUAUACGUGGGCGGACUGGACCCUCGCGUCACCGAGGAGGUCUUGCGACAAAUUUUCGAGACCACUGGGCACGUUCAGAAUGUGAAGAUCAUCCCUGACAAAAAUGUAUGUCGCUUACAGUUUCAAUCAAAGGGGUUCAACUACGGGUUUGUCGAGUACGACGAUCCAGCUGCGGCCGAACGCGCGAUGCAGACUCUCAACGGUCGCCGUGUCCACAACACGGAAAUCCGCGUCAACUGGGCCUACCAGUCCAAUAACACGACCAAGGAGGACACCUCGAACCACUUCCACAUAUUUGUUGGGGACCUCUCCAACGAGGUCAACGAUGAGGUCCUGCUUCAAGCCUUCUCCACUUUUGGCCCCGUCUCCGAGGCUCGUGUUAUGUGGGACAUGAAGACUGGAAGAUCCCGUGGCUAUGGUUUCGUCGCCUUCCGCGAUCGCGCCGAUGCUGAAAGGGCUUUGAGCUCCAUGGACGGCGAAUGGCUUGGAUCGCGCGCCAUCCGCUGCAACUGGGCUAACCAGAAGGGCCAGCCCUCCAUCUCUCAGCAACAGGCUAUGGCCUCCAUGGGCAUGACCCCGACCACUCCGUACGGACAUCAUCACUUCCCGACCCAUGGCGUCCAGAGCUAUGACAUGAUCGUCCAACAGACUCCCCAGUGGCAGACGACUUGCUAUGUCGGCAACUUGACUCCGUACACGUCUCAAACCGAUUUGGUGCCCCUCUUCCAGAACUUUGGAUACGUCGUGGAGACUCGAUUCCAGUCUGACCGUGGGUUUGCUUUCAUCAAGAUGGACUCGCACGAGAACGCCGCCAUGGCCAUCUGUCAGCUCAGCGGGUACAACGUCAACGGACGUCCUCUCAAGUGCAGCUGGGGCAAGGACCGUCCUCCGACUGGCCAAUUCGAGGGAUACUCUCCAGCCCAGGGUGCGCCCAACUCUGCCUUCCCGCAAACGCCCAGCACGUAUUUCCCGCAAUACAAUGGACCUGGCCCAAUGUCUCCUCAAGGUAUGCAGCGACAACAUGCUGCAGUAUUAGCGCUUACUGACGUUUUCAUAGGCCCGAGCCCUGGUGGUCAGCCUUACAACCAGAACCAAGCCGGCUUUGGUGGCCCUGGCAUGGCCCAACCUUAUCAGCAAAUGCCGGGCAGUGCUGGAGGGUAUGGCCGUGGCGGUCAGCCAGCUCAGCAAUGGGGCCAGCCCAACCCAGGGAACUUCGGACAAGUCAACAACGGCUUCGGCGGAUACCAGGGCUAG